UACUUUACGUACAGUGUUUAAUAAAUAGUUGAUAAUAAUUCGUACCUAGCAAAGCUUGUGUUAAUCAAACUGUGAAAUAAUAAAACAAUAUUUUUUUUGCAUAUAAAGUAAUAUAUAUUGUUCAGUAUAACGUUUGACAUGUUAUAUUUUCAAUUGACUUUGUUCAAUCUGAUACGACUUAACCUGAUUUAACCGAUUAUCGAUGAUUGUGUACUCAAGUUUCAGUAUUUUUUGUAAAUGUAAAUGAUUUUUGAUUUAUUCAAAUAGCGUUUAUAAAUGAAAUUGAUAGAUAUAUGAGAAAUCAGUAGAAAUAUUAUCGUUAUUCUGUAAAGAUAUAUAUAUAUAUAUAUUAUCAUGCGAGUUCUAACAUUUUUUCUUUAUAUUACACUUCUGUGGAACAUUCUUGUGCAAUGUGGGUCUUCAGAAGAUCAUUAUUUCAUGAUAGAAGCCAAUAAUAAGAAAGAACGUGAUUUAUUGCCAAUUCAAGAUUCAAAUCAAAUUAAAUACGAUCCUACCUGGGAUAGUUUAGAUGCUAGGCCUCUUCCUGCUUGGUACGACGAUGCCAAAUUUGGUAUAUUUAUUCAUUGGGGAGUAUUCAGCGUUCCUAGUUUUGGUUCAGAAUGGUUUUGGAACAAUUGGAAAGAAGAAACUGAUACUAAAUAUCAUGAUUUCAUGAAGGACCGUUAUCCGCCUAAUUACACUUAUCAAGAUUUUGCACGUGAUUUUACUGCAGAAUUUUUUAACGCAUCACAAUGGAGCGAAAUAUUUCAAGCUUCCGGUGCAAAAUAUGUUGUAUUAACCAGUAAACAUCACGAAGGAUAUACGUUGUGGCCGUCAAAAUAUUCCUUUAGUUGGAAUUCCAUGGAUGUAGGACCGCAGAAAGAUCUCAUAGGUGAAUUGGCAGCAGCGAUAAGAUCGUCUACCGACAUCAAGUUUGGAUUAUAUCAUUCUUUAUACGAAUGGUAUAAUCCUAUGUAUCUUAACGACAAACGAAAUAAUUUUACAACCGAUCAUUUUGUUACUCAGAAAAUAAUCCCAGAAAUGCACGAGCUUAUAGAAAUGUACAAGCCAGAAAUUAUUUGGUCGGAUGGCGAUUGGGAAGCUACGGAUUCUUAUUGGAAAUCAAAAGAAUUUUUAUCUUGGUUGUAUAACGAGAGUCCUAUAAAAAAUACAGUAGUUGUAAAUGAUAGAUGGGGAACAAAUAUUCCAUGUCAUCACGGUGAUUUUUAUACGUGCACGGAUCGUUAUAAUCCUGGAGUACUUCUUCCACAUAAAUGGGAGAAUUGUAUGACCAUUGAUAAAAAGUCUUGGGGCUUUCGUAGAAAUGCUGCCUUGGAGGAAUAUUUUAAGCUUGACGAAUUAGUAAAAGAAUUAGUGACUACAGUAAGUUGCGGUGGAAAUUUAUUGAUGAAUGUCGGCCCAACCAAGGAUGGUAUCAUUUCACCGAUAUUCGAAGAAAGAUUACGUGGAAUAGGUUCUUGGUUGAAGGUAAAUGGCGAAGCUAUUUAUAACACUAAACCGUGGAAAAUACAGAAUGAUACGUUAACGAGUGAUAUAUGGUAUACGCAAAGUAAAGAUGAAAAAAGACUUUACGUAUUGAUUCUGGAGUGGCCAAAGGAAAGCGUAUUAUCUUUGGGUUCUUUAAAAGUCCCAAAUAAUACGCAUGUAUCGCUGCUUGGUUUUGCAAAACCACUUAAAUGGAUGCAAUAUCCAACAAAACUCGUUGUACAUUUACCGUAUGAAGCUCGUAAAGGAGAACCAGCAUGGGUAUUAAGAAUUGAACAGGAAUAAAAAACUCUAUUAUGCAGAUUCGUUUUAAUCAGAUUAAUUUACAGAACAUAAUCUUUUAUAAAAUUUUAUAUAAAUCUUUAUAUGAAUAUGAAAAAGCCUGCACCUUCGCGAUCUUUCUUUACAGAUUAAAAAUUUUGUAAAGAAAUAAUAAUGUAAUUGGAACUUUAAGAAUCGAUAUAAUAAGUAUUACCGUGAUGUAAUAAUUAAUAUUCAAUAUCAGAGUUUAAUGUUCUUUUUAUAUAAUCUUAAUCGUACUUUAAACAUUGGCAGCUUCAUAGAGAUAAGCACCCAAUAAUUUUGUCUGCAAAGAAAUUAUCAGAGUUUAUUAAAUUUCAGAUAAGCUUCA